ACUCGCAUUAACCAGAUUGGAUCGGGUAGGGUACCCAUGAAUUUGGAUUUUGUUGCCAUCUCUAGUCAUAUGUACAAUUUCGGGCCCUGAUGCGGCGGAAAUUACAGCCGCGCCAUUACGUGUUAAACGAAGGCCCCACCGCGCUAACCACGUGAACUUAACGACGCCGGACACCUAACCCAAACCCGAAAGGACGACCGAAAUCUGUUUGGUUUCCGUUGGCCCCCAAUUUCUUCAUCCCCAAAUCGGGUAAAUCCCUUACCUCUCUUAAAUGGAAUCAUCGGAGAACCCGAACCACCGCUUCCCGCCGGACGACGGCUGGUUCUUCGAGGCCUUCGACGACUUCCCCUUCGAUGACUGCUUCAGUUGUAACGACCAAUCGGAUCAAUCCACCUCCGACUCCACCGUCUCCGAACCUUCCACCGAUGUCUCCUCUCCCCGGACUACCCUUCGCCGUCGAUCGGUCCCUGGUCGCGGGUUCGCUGACGAUAAUGAAUUCAAGCGAUCCGAUAAGGAGGAAGCCUCUACAAUCGCCUCCUCCGUCACGCAGCGUAACAGUAAGAACGCGACAUCGUCGGAAGAGAAAGAGAAGGCCUUUUACCCCGAUUUGAAAGAAAUCGGGAGCGAUUCCGAGAUAGUUGAGUCUUCGACGGGGCCAGAUGAAGUGGAAUCGCCUCCAGCUCAAAAUGUUGCAGCCGUGGACGAGGUAAGCGAAGAUGCGAAGAAGGAAGAAAAGGAAGAGGAGUCUGUGUCGACGGCCGUGGAAUUGGAUAAUGAUAGAGGAAGAGGAGCCGUCGACUCGCCGCGAGGUGAAGUGGUUGAACCGCCGUCUUCGAAUCUGCUUGAAUUGAUAGCUGUAUUGGUGAUUAAAGCAGCUGGAUUCCAACUCAAUUUGAUCCUCAGUUUCGUUUCUUUCCCUUUAUGGGCUCUCUACUGCUCCUAUAUGUUUGUCACCGAUCCAUUUGGCGUUACAAGGCGUGGCAAGAGAUUCUUGCUGCAGCGGUCGCUUUCCAUAUGGAACUCAACUGUUGGGUGUUUGAGUUCUAGGGUGAAUGAUUGGCUGAAGGAGCAUCAGACGAAAUGGAAGCUCUUGUUGGGAGUUGGGUGGGGGUUGCUUCUGUGCGUUUAUGUUUGUAUCAUUUUGUUUGGAUUGCUGGUCAUGGCAAUUAUGGUUAGCAGCUUGCUGAUGAAGUUUCUGGUGGAAGAGCCGUUGCAAAUAAGGGAGGAAUUGAAUUUCGAUUACACCCAGAGCAAACCGGUAGCUUUUGUUCCAAUGGUCUCUUGUCCUGGUGUUGGCUGUGGUGUUGACUGUAAAGAUAGUAAGGUUGGGGAGAUCAUGAGUUUCAGGCAGAAAGUCAUACCUCCCAAGCAUAAAGUGCAGGCUACAGUAUCAAUGACUCUGCCUGAAUCAGAGUACAACAGAAAUCUCGGGAUGUUUCAGAAGGUACGGGUGGAGUUUCUCGCAGCUGAUGGCAGCGUCCUCGUGAGCAAAAGCCAUCCAUGCAUGUUGAAGUUCAAAAGCGAGCCAAUCCGAAUUCUUUUAACUCUGUUUAAAGUCGUGCCCCUUGUUGCGGGUUACAUAUCCGAAUCCCAAACACUGCGGUUGAGGAUAAGAGGUUUAGCAGGAGGUGAUGUACCGACUUCCUGCCUGAGGGUGAUGAUUGAACAGCGAGCCGAAUUCAAUCCCGGUGGUGGUAUACCAGAACUGUACGAUGCCUCCCUGGCCCUCGAGUCUCAACUCCCUUUCUUUAGAAGGAUCAUAUGGGGUUGGAAGAAGACCAUCUUUGUGUGGAUUACUCUCAUAUCCUUUGUGAUGGAGUUGCUGGUUGCUCUAAUAUGUUGUAGACCUGUAAUCCUUCCGAGACCUAGGCCAAGAAAUGUUUCUACUCCUGAAGUACACAGUUCUAGUCGAAACAAUCUCCCCAAGCGAAGGUGAAAUUUCCAGUUUGCCUUGGUGUGUAUGUAUCUGAUUGUAGCAGUUAAUUGAACAUCGCUCACUCAUUAGCUUAUGAAAUCCUGACUAUACUGUUCUUCUUUUAGUUUCUAUUCAGAGUUGUGUUCCAAAUGUACAGGUAACGUUAUCCCAUUGGUUAUUGAUGUUUGAGGC